UCUCUCUCUCUCCCCCCCCCGUCGUCUUCAUCUUCGUUGCGCCAAAGCUCAAAGUUCCAGAAGCCUUGUGUUAGUGCCGGUCGCUCUAAUUAUUGGGGAGAAACUAGUGAAAAGACUGAAAUGAGGAAGCCUAGUCCUAAUGAUGGAGCGGCGACUUCAAGCGAAAGAAAGUUCGAUGAUGGUGGAGAAAGUGAAUUGUCUACCUCAGAAGAUGAAGAGGAGAUAGAGCGCGAGUUGGCAGAUGUGACGUUUGAAGAAUUGCAGAAGGCUCGAUCUGAUGGUUCUCAUUCGGUGUUCAAAAAACCCAAUAAAGAGAAAAAGCCCAAGAGGGCUAACAAAAAUAGGCCAAUGGAAGCUAGUUGGAAGAAGCCUGUUGGGAGGUUUAGAGAGGUCAUUCAGGCUCCUAAGAAGGUUGCACGGGAUCCUCGUUUUGAAUCUCUAUGUGGUACAUUGAAUGUGGAGGGGUUCAAGAAGAGAUAUGGUUUCCUUUAUGAGAAUGAGAUUCCUGCAGAAAGAAAGGAAUUACAGAAGCAGUUAAAGAAAUCAAAUGACCCAAGUGUCAUCGAUGAUUUAAAAAGUCGAAUUGCCUGGAUUGACAAGCAAUUGAAGUCAGAGACAGGAAAGCAAACAGAGGCUGCAAUUCUUGCUGAGCACAAAAAGAAAGAGAGAGAAGCUACAAAGCAAGGAAAAAGACCAUUUUACCUUAAGAAAUCGGAGAUUCGUACAAGAAGACUUGUUGAGAAGUAUAAUAGUCUCAAGGCAUCUGGAAAGGUGGAGGCCUUUAUCGAGAAAAAGAGAAGGAAAAAUGCUGCAAAAGAGCACAGAUACGUGCCUUACCGCAGAUCCGGCAACCCCCCACAAGAAAGCUAGCAUUCGCAAGUUCAUCUGCAUACUUUAUGUGAUUGUUUAGUUACAAGUGGUUGCUGGCCCAAGAGUUGUCUGGAACAUCAUUUUUUCUCUUUUCUUUUUCCUCUUACCCCGUUCCGAGCAUUUUGUGCUGGGAGCAUCAUUUAAAAACUGCAGCAUGAGAUAUUGUAGAGGAUAUGUUAAUAAAUAUUUCGUUGAUACAGAAGGUUUACCCAUGUACUGAUUGAAAUGUGA